AUGAAGGCACUCAGUUUAUCAAGUUCUCGCAUUGAUCGUUUGCAUCCACGCUCGUCAUGCAGACAUUUGCAUGGAAUGAAUCGAAAGCAGAUGCGAUUCUGCCGAAGAAAUAUAGAACAAAUGGAUAGCAUUCGAGCCGGAGCACGAAUCGCAUAUAAUGAAUGCCAGUUUCAGUUCCAUACUAGAAGGUGGAAUUGCACCUUUAUCAAUUCGACAACUAACGAAGUUUAUGGCGAUUUUAUACUGCGAGAGGGAACAAGGGAAGCUGCUUUUGUCCACGCAAUAUCUGCUGCUGGUGUCGCGUAUCGAGUAACUAGGGAUUGUUCGAAAGGUUUGAUAGAUAAAUGCGGUUGUGAUCAAAGUGUAUUGCAUAAACGAGAUGAUCAAUUCAGCUGGAAUGGAUGUUCGGACAAUGUUCGUUAUGGGAUUGCUGUCUCCAGAGCAUUCGUCGAUUCUAGUGAAAAAGGUAGAAACCAAACUAUGCAACGACGAAUUAUGAAUCUGCAUAACAAUAACGCUGGAAGACAAGUGCUUGAAUCGAAUAUGAGAAAAGAAUGCAAAUGUCACGGAUUAAGCGGCUCAUGCGAUAUGAAAACAUGUUGGGAAUCUAUGCCGACAUUUAGGGAAGUUGGCUUAAUAAUCAAAGAUAAGUUUGAUGGUGCAACGGAAGUUGAUAUCAUCGAUGAAGAAAAUAAACUUGUGAUGAAUAGGAAAAAUGUUCAAUUCAAGAGGCAUACCAAAGCUGAUCUCGUUUAUUUGGAUCCCUCACCGAAUUAUUGCGAGCCCGAUCCAGAAAGUGGUGUUCUCGGUACACAUGGCCGUCUGUGCAAUGUUUCGUCAUAUGGCAUCGAUGGUUGCGAAUUGCUUUGCUGCUAUCGAGGAUACGAAAUACAUGUACGAAAGAUCACUGAUCGUUGCAACUGUAAAUUUUAUUAUUGUUGCCGAGUAGAAUGCGAACAAUGUACCAAGAUUGUUGAGGAUAAUAUCUGCAAAUAA